UGAGUCGCGAGCUCAACGGUGGAAGCGUCUAGAAAUGGCCGAGUAUUCGCUAACUUAACUAAGAGAAAGUACAUUAAUAUUUACUCUAAACAAAAAAAGGAAUAAACUUUCCGUCUGGCUGGUUCUAAUUGAGUUUUUGGGAAGGUGUCACUUUUGAAAGGACAUGGCACACAUAAGACAUAUAGGUCAGUCAGUAUGUUCCUGACUUUGACCUGAUGCCUUUUUUCUCUGCUUCCUCUGCCAUGGAAGGGCAGAACUGUUCUCAUACAGAGGGAACUCAACGGGAUACUGGAAUGUUGGGCCUGGCCUCUUCUGCUAUGGAGAGUCCACUUUGCACACCAUGGAGUUUCUCACAGACGCCUUUCGACCUCCAUUGGCCUGCAGAGUCUGGGAGUCAGCAACACAGUUCUAGCAUCACUCCAGAGAUGCACAUGGAUAUCAGCCAUUCCACUUUUCCUGAUCUCGGUGAUAUGUUGAAUUUUCCCUGCAAUGAAGACUUCUUUCAGGACCUUGUGUGUAUAGAUGAGCUGUCCAACAACUCCCUCUUCUCUUCUUCUGACUCCCUGUCUGAGUACGUAGAUGACAACUUGGCAACUGUGCCUACCAUAUGGGAUGUCAAUACACCAGCAGAGAAUCAGGAGCUGAGUUCCAGCCGGUUUCAGGGUUUAUGCCGUUUAGAGGAUAUCACUGCUAUAAUCAGCACACCAUCUCAGGGGAGCAUUCAGAGUUUGCAGCCACAGCCAGAAGAGGAGGAGGAGAUAGAGGAAGAGGAGACAGAAGAGCUAGGCCAUGUAGACACCUAUGCUGACUACAAACCUUCAAAAUCCACUAUAGGAAACUCUCAUCCUGACCGUGUAGUGGAGACCAGCACUCUUUCCAGUGUCCCUCCACCUGACAUCAGCUAUACUCUUUCCAUUCCUGAGGCCAUCAUAGACAGUAGCAUGCUGUCUGCCCUGCAGCUGGAGGCCAUCAUCUAUGCCUGCCAACAACAUGAGGUGAUUCUACAGAACAAGCAGAGAGCAGGUUUUCUGUUAGGAGAUGGAGCUGGAGUUGGAAAGGGCCGCACGGUGGCUGGGAUCAUCCUUGAGAACUACCUAAAGGGAAGGAGGAAAGCACUUUGGUUCAGUGUAUCCAAUGACCUCAAAUAUGAUUCUGAACGAGAUCUUCAGGACAUUGGUGCUCCCAAUAUUCUAGUACAUGCAUUGAAUAAGAUAAAGUAUGGAGACACAGCUACUUCAGAAGGGGUUCUGUUUGCUACUUACUCUGCUCUGAUUGGAGAGAGCCAGGCAGGAGGCCAGCUUCGGACCAGACUCAAGCAGAUUCUGGAUUGGUGUGGACCUGAAUUUGAUGGAGUCAUUGUGUUUGAUGAGUGCCAUAAAGCCAAGAAUGCCACCUCCACCAAAAUGGGCAAAGCUGUGCUGCAGCUGCAGAACAAGCUACCUCUGGCCAGGGUUGUGUAUGCCAGUGCCACAGGUGCCUCUGAGCCAAAGAACAUGAUCUACAUGAGUCGUUUGGGCAUCUGGGGAGAAGGAACACAAUUUAGGAUGUUUGAUGAUUUCCUCCAUGCAAUAGAGAAGAGAGGUGUGGGUGCCAUGGAAAUUGUUGCCAUGGACAUGAAGGUGAGUGGGAUGUACAUUGCACGGCAACUAAGCUUCUCUGGGGUGUCCUUCCGCAUUGAAGAAAUCAGCUUGGAUGAUGACUUCAUACUUGUUUACAACAAAGCUGCCAAACUGUGGGCAGAAGCCUUGACUGUCUUCACUAAAGCUGCUGAUCUUCUCGGUAUGGUGUCCAGGAAGUCUCUGUGGGGUCAGUUCUGGUCUUCCCACCAGCGAUUUUUCAAAUACCUCUGUAUUGCCUCCAAGGUGCGCUGUCUGGUCGAGCUGGCAAAGAAGGAGCUAGAAGCUGGCAAGUGCGUUGUGAUUGGACUACAAUCGACGGGUGAAGCACGAACCCGAGAAGUUCUAGAUGAAAACGAAGGGCACCUCGACAAAUUUGUUUCUGCUGCAGAGGGUGUGUUCCAGUCCCUGGUACAGAAGCAUUUCCCUUCAGAGAAACAGCGAAGAGAGAAAGGAUCAGUCAGCAAGAGAAAACGUAAGCCCAAAGGCCGGCAGGCAAAGUGCCCCAAACAGGGUGUGGACACCAAAAGCCUCAUUAACAUCAGUGAUGACAGCAGCACAGAGUCUGAUGGAGUGGACAGUGACUCCAAUUCGUCUCCAGAUUCACUACAGGACAAUAACGACGAUGUCAUCUUUAUUACGCAAAGCAACUGUUAUGCUGCUCGUUUGGAGGAGAUGAAGCAAAGCCUUCUCAGUAAAAUCGCUGAGCUUGGGAAAGAACUACCUCUGAACACUUUGGAUGAGCUCAUAGAUAAAUUUGGCGGUCCAGAGAAGGUUUCGGAGAUGACAGGAAGAAAGGGCCGAGUGGUUCGGCGGCCGGAUGGGAAUGUGCACUAUGAGUCUCGUGCUGAACACGGUCACACUAUCGACCAAAUCAACAUCAAAGAAAAGGAUCGCUUCAUGAAUGGAGGGAAGCUGGUGGCUAUAAUCUCUGAGGCAGCCAGUUCAGGAAUCUCUUUACAGGCAGACAGGCGAGUGCAGAACCAACGCAGGCGAGUCCACAUGACCCUGGAGUUGCCCUGGAGUGCCGACCGGGCCAUUCAGCAGUUUGGUCGUACUCACCGCUCCAACCAAGUCACACCACCAGAGUAUAUCUUCCUCAUCUCUGAACUGGCAGGCGAAAGACGAUUUGCUUCUAUUGUGGCUAAGAGGCUGGAGAGCCUGGGUGCUCUGACACACGGUGACCGAAGAGCAACAGAGUCUAGAGACCUGAGCAAGUACAACUUUGAAAAUAAAUAUGGUAGCAGGGCUUUAGAGAAGAUCACCAAAGCCAUUCUAGGUCACCUUGAGAGUAAGGUGCCCCCUCCCAAGGGCUAUCCAGGUGGUGACGCUAUGUUCUUCAGAGACAUGAAGCAAGGUAUGAUGGAUGUUGGCAUUUUCUGUAAGGAGACUCGCUUUAAUAUCAGCCCUGAGAAAGACUGCACCAUCACUAAGUUCCUCAAUCGUAUUUUGGGUCUGGAGGUGCUCAAGCAGAACUCACUCUUUCAGUACUUCAGUGACAAUUUUGACUACCUGAUUGAAAAGGACAAGAAGGAAGGCAAAUAUGAUAUGGGGAUCUUGGAUCUGGCUCCUGGUAAUGAUGAGAUCUCCAACGAGACUCAAGAGAAGUUUCGGACUCCAGGCAACCCACAGGAAGGCCAAGUCAUUCUCCAUAAGAUCAGUGUGGACAGAGGCAUGCCUUGGGAAGAGGCUCUGAAAAAGUCUCACACAUUCAGCAACCCAGAAGAAGGCUUCUACAUGUCCCACAAGUUGAGAGGGAGUCACCCAUGUGUGCUGCUAGCCGAGCUGGGCAGAGGUCACAACCUGACUGUUUACAAGCCCAAUGUGGGCAAACAGAAGAAACCAGAGAAUCUGGAGAACAUCCAAAAGAAGUACCGCAAGGUGACUCCAGAGGAGGCAAAGGAAAGCUGGGAGAAUCAGUUCACUUUCUCCUAUAGGAAAUGUAGCCAUGCCAACUGGACCGGGAGGUGCAAAAAGGUUGAGGAGGGUCAGGAGUGUGUACAGGGUAAGCGUUUGCGGCAGUAUCACGUCCUUUGUGGCGCACUUCUGUGUGUGUGGAAGCGUGUAGCUGACGUGGUGGCAGACGUCACCAGCUCCAGCAUCCUGCAAAUUGUCCGUCUCAAAACCAAGGAGCACAAACAAGUGGGCAUAAAGAUCCCAGAGAACUGUGUGGCUCAAGUGCGAGAUGAGCUUGACCGUAUGGACAAGGAGGUGGAAAAGAAGCAUACAGAGAAAAAGCUACAGGCUCAGGAGCAGCUCCUGGCCGAACAGCGGCGGAGGAUGUUAGAAGAACGGCACCGGGAUAUGCUCUACUCCCAUCCACCCCAGCUCUCCAGCAUGACCCUUUUCAAUGACCCCUUAUACGCUUCUUUUGCAUCCCUGAACUCCACAGAGGGUAUCCUGGACCUGACAGUGGGUGGCCCUUCUCGCCUGUCCCCGCACAGCACAGGAACAGGCGUUCUAUCUGAUUUCAGCAUAGAGGCUUUCUCACAGGUGGAGCAACAGCAGCACCAGCAGCAGCAGGGUCAGUCGGCUCUGAGAGACUCUGUGCAGCAGGAGUUGUUCAACUAUGUCACUCAUCAUGAACCAUCACACCACUCUGCUCUUCCCUCUUCUUCACCAGACUCUUUACACACUGCCAUACCUGCUGCAGCAAGCCUUUUCUCCACUUCUGCCAUCCACCCUUCUUCCUCCUCGUCAUCCCUUUUUUCUCCUUCACUUACACCAUCAUCCUCCAGCUCUUCACUGUCACUCUUUUCUUCUCUCUCUCCAUCAGACCAGCACCCGUUUGCUAACUGUAAUGAUGACACCGUCAUCAACGCCAAAGAGGUGCUUAGCAAUAUGCUGAGGAGUUCAGACUCCCGCACGUCUGUCAUUCACUUCAGAGUUCCAGAGUCAGAGCACAUGUCCUAAACACAGCCUAGUGUUUGAAACUCGUUGCAGUGACACACCAAGCUGACAGUCAAAUUAGAACCAACAAAAAAGAAAGACAUGCAUUCAUUUUCAUUUUUACUGUCCAUACCCGGAGGUGGCUAACGUCCUACUGUAUUAGAUGUCAAAACAGUAUACCAUCUACCACCUAUCACAAAGGGGCCAACAUGUCCAAUAUAGCCAUAGCAUUUAUGAUUUUGACACUAAAGACACCAUCUGAAACCACUGAGUUUGUUUUUCAGAUAAAGUAAAAUUUGGUUUCAGCUGUCAGAAAAAAUUCACUGAAGAGGAAAGAACAAACUUGCUUCUUCUAGUAGUUACUUGAAAUUCACAGCAUGUUGACAUUUAAAAGACUCUCCCCUGCGAGCUAAUAGAAAGCUAACUGCUUUGCUCAUUUCGUGUUGAAAUAAUAGCUGUCACACCCCAGUGUACACUAUGGAUUUUGUGGUCGUUUUUGUCACUUUAGUAUGACACAGAUAGGACUUUCUUGUUGGCACCUCAGAUAUUGCUCGUAGUGCUAUAGAAUUUUGAUCUCUGUUUACACCCAGCCACACAAAGCAACCCUUGCUGCUGUUUUCUCACCACUUUUAACCUGUUUAAUCUCUUUGCUCUGACUCUGAUUUUGUUGCAAGAAAUUUUUUAUGAAGUUGCAAGAUGAGCAGAACAUGAGGUACAGUGUUUGUAUGACUAAGAAAGUGAGCUCGCUUUGCUUGCUUUUACUUUCCUUUCUCCUGAACUCUAUAUUUCUGCCAUCUAAUAGCAGUUCAGCACUUCAGGACAGAUUGGCAUUUCACAGAAAUGUCACACAAAAUCCAGUCACUCAACUGUCUGCUUGGUCUGUCACUAAAUCACUUUAUUGUAUGUUACAGACAUUCACUGGACUCAGUCACACUAGCUAGAUCUCCAGUGUUCAUUAGAUGGAGUCCUUCACCCUGACAUCUUCCCACUUUUACUCAACUUAGAUGUUUAAAUGUUUUGUGUUUAUUUAAACCGAUCAAAAAUAUUAAGAAAAAAAGGGAAAAAAAGAAAAGAAAAAAAAAUGACCAGAGGUUACAAAUGCAACACCGAAACAAAAAAGUUGAAACCAGUCUAACAUAAAUUAUCGGUUAUUUGAGUCACACUGCCCUCUACUGGCAUGUCUCUGUCACACGUCAUCUUUUUGUUUGGUGAAAAUUCUGUCAUGCUGAAACCAAAACUGGAAAAGAACCGCACCCUCACGACUCUAUAUGUUUCACAGCUUUCUGACACAAUCUGCUCUUGCUAUUACAGAGAGCAAAACAACAGACUACUGUUUAGCACAGUGCCUUCGGAACAUAGUAGGGAAUGUAGUCUUGUAAACAGACAACUGUACAGUAUAUAUUUGUAUACAAUGCAUUGACAUUUUAUUUAUUGUUCUUAUUUAUCUGACCUCAUUACUGGACUGGUGAGCGCAUAGGACAAACCCUACCGGUCCACCUGAAUGUCCUUCUGUCUUCUUUACACAUCAGAGUAAUUAGUGCAUUGGCGCUUGUGCUGUUAACAAGAUAACACAGUAGUGAUUCAGGGCUGAUACCAAAAUUUUCAGCUUCAGCGUUUAAUCUAAAAUAAUGUGAUUCCUGUUCUUAAUUGUUUGCUCUCAGGUAACGCAAAGAAUCUGUUCAACCCCACUCAGUAUGACACCUACAGAUGGAUGUAGACCUGCCAGGGCAGUUACAACGCAAAGUAUACAAAGAUGCUUCAGCGGUUCAGAGCAACAAAACUGACCAACAAGACUUGACCAAAAAGAUGAACAGGGAUGCAGUACAGAGAUGUAGUAAUUAUUAUAUAAUCUGGGUGAUGGGAUGAUGCAGUAGCUUUCAGUAGCUUUUCUUUUAUAGUGAUUUAGUUUUGUUUAUAGCUUCUGUUCCUGACAUAUGCUUAUACAGCUUGUACCAGGGAAGACAAUGAAAGAGAUGAGAUUAAUUAUUUAAAAACCUAAACAAGACAGAAAAGGUGGGUGAUGUGGCAAAAAUAUCACAAUUCUUAAUAUUAGUUAUACACAAUACACUAUAUUUGCCUUUGCCUGCGCAAAACAGCCAGAGCUCUGUGUGGAGUUUCUACAAAUGUUCUUCCUGUAUCAACUGUUUUCCAGGUCCCUCUGUGUGUGUGUGUGUGUGUGUGUGUGUGUGUGUGUGUGUGUGUGUGAAUGGCCAUGUGACGGGACUUCAGAAUGUAUUCCCACCUCACUAACAGAGUUCAAGGGAUAAAGCCAUUAAUGAAGAAGAAUUCAUUUAAUUUAAAUACACAAAGAACUAUUAUAUAACACUGUAAAAGGUAAAGUAAUAAUAAUACACUCUGCUAUUUGUUUCAGCAAAGAAAUAAGCAAAGACGUUGCUGUUAUAAAAGCACCAACAAAACUUGGAAUAUCUCAAACCUUUAAAAAAAAUUAAAGAAUUGUGACUCGAUUUAUCAUGAAAGUGAGAUUUUCUAGUCAUAUCACCCAGCCCUAAGUCAUUUGCACCAUACUAUUGCACUGUUCUGGAUUUCUGCACGAGAUUAAUAUAAUGUUGAUAACUUUAUUGUUAUUAAUAAUUGGUAAUAAUAGUGGUAAUAGUAGUAGUAAUAUAUUGUUGGGAUUUUUUUGACCCAAGUACAUUAAAACUUGAAGCCCUAAUCAGAAAUCAGGGACACAGCAUUAGCAAUGGCACAGGAAUAGCUCUGACAGGACGGGUGUAUCUUGGUGUUCCAGUAACACACCGUUGUGAUUAAGUAAAUGUGCUGUGUGUGUGUUGAUCCUUCAGUGAUUCCUGAAUGAGGCUUUUUAAAAUCUUAUCAUUAUAGUAAAUUACAUUAUAUAGCAUCUGACCAGAUAAUUUAUCUCAGGAAGAAAUGUUAGUGUUGUUGCUUGAUGUUUUUUUUUUCACUCUGGUUGAGAUGAACACACGCCCAGUUUCCAUGUUUUAUCAGUUUAUUACACUCCGGCCACUUUCCCAGUCUUUGCAUGCAAAAAAGGCAGAUUUCAUGUAGUGUGUAUGCCAAAAUAUCUAAUGGCUCAGAUCAGAUAUUAUAUAUUAAAAACAGACAUUGUUUCUGCUGAGAAAUUAUGUUCAGUCUUGGGACCAUCUUGUGUAUUUGCUUCUAAACAUUUUCCCCCAUGCUGGAGAAAGUAUUGUUUUCUUUAUCAGACAUACUAUAACCCAGUAUUCAUGCAUAUUUGUGAAAAUACUAAGACAAAAUGGAUUUAUGGUUCCUGCCCCAUGGCCUUUUAUUUAGUCUUUGUUUUGCAGCAGAUUAAGAAUAUUAAAACCCCAAUCAGAUUAACACCUGAAUAAAUAUCCUUAAAUUAUGUAGUAAAUCACCUUCAAAGACUGAAAGGUGCUGACCUCAAAGGAACAUACACAUUGUACACUAAUAAGGUUGAAUUAUUGAUAUUAUUUUGAAAGAAUACCUUUGAAACUGCUGUCACAGUUCCCUUGAUUUCUGAUUGGGGUUUUAACAUGAGAUAAAGUGCAUGCUCAACCUGUUAUACACACACAUACACACACACAGUCAUCUUGCACUGUGCGGUAGUCAUUUGUUCUUUGUAAAAAUUUGCACUAAAAUAAUUUUUGUCUAAACCUUUUUUUUUUUCAAAGUUGUCUUUUGAAUCACUUAAUUUAUUAACACAAAGAGAAAGCUGUGCUACUGAAAUUAUAUAUGUAGGGUGUUUUUUUAUUCUGCUAUUUGCUUUGCAUAAUGUAUUUUAUAUCUGAUGUUGAGAUGUACAUACUCCAUAACAAUUUGUGCCUUUCAGCUAUUUCUUAAAUCAAUUUUCUAUGUAUAAAAAUGAACGUACAGGUGAAUAAAAUGAUUAAAUUA